CCCAGGACUCCGGUCAUUUCUCUGCAAUAGAGGCUUUGCAUAUUCCACUGACAGCCCAGCUGGAGACAGUGUCAUCAGAUCUCAUGCUGCCCUGAGGAGCAGUGGAUGUGUGUGCUCUUAUUUUGAAAAUGAGUGUAAAUAGUGCUGUAUUAAGAGUUGAAACCUGGCUCUUGGCAACAUGGCAUGUUAAAGUGCCUGUACCCUGGCUGGAAGCAUGUGUUAACUGGAUCCAAGAAGAAAAUGAAAAUACUAAUUUGAGCCAAGCACAAGUAAAUAAACAGGUGUUGGAGCAAUGGCUUCUUACUGACCUGAGAGACUUGGAACAUCCUCUCUUACCUGAUAACAUUUUAGAAAUCCCAAAGGGAGAACUGAAUGCAUUUUAUGCUCUGCAGAUCAAUUCCUUGGUUGCUGUAAGUCAGCCUGCAUAUCCCCAGAUACAAAAGCUGAGAGGAAAGAAUACAACUAAUGAUCUAGUUUCAGCUGAAACACAGGUUACCCCAAAACCAUGGGAAGCAAGGCCUUCAUGGAUGCUCAUGCUGCAGCUCACCGAUGGUGUCACACAAAUCCAAGGGAUGGAAUAUCAGUCUGUUCCAGCUCUCCAUGGUGGUCUUCCUCCAGGUACAAAAAUUUUGGUUCAUGGACGAAUUUCCUUUCGUCUUGGUGUUCUCUUGUUGAAACCGGAAAAUGUGAGGGUAUUAGGGGUUGAGGUAGAUGGUCUUUCAGAAGAAUAUGCUCAGGAAAAAGUACUUGGAAGACUGAUUGGUGAGCUAGACCCUGCAGUCUCAGUUGUACCAAAUGACUCUGCUCACAAUGUGCCCAGAGUUUCGGGGUCGGGGUCAGACCCUGCUUUAGGACCUUCAGAUGAAGAGCUCUUGGCAAGUCUUUAUGAAAGUGAGGGACCUGCAGCAAACGAUGAUGCAUCCAUGGGAGCAAGCGGCUUCAGCGCAGGCAGUUCCUUAAAUACUACUCCCACAGGCCAGUCUGAUUUUGAGCCAGGAUGGAAUAUUUCUUCAAGGCAAAAGGAGAAACCAAACCAAUCUGUGCAUUUCUCUAAUGGAGAGUUUGAUGACUUUUCACUGGAAGAGGCCUUGCUUUUAGAAGAAACUGUCCAGAAAGAACAGAUGGAAACCAAAGCAUUGCAGCCACCAACUUUGAAGAAAAACACAGAUAGAUGUGUAGACUCACAUAAACCUAAUACUCAGAACCACACUGGUUUGAUUCAUAAACAAGGAAACAACAAUUGCAAUGAAAAAAAAUUAUCUGAACAAAUAAUUCAUGAAGACAAAUUUUUUGACUGUCUAUCUGCUAGAGACCAUCAUAAGAGACUCCUAGCCCAUGACUUUACAAAUGACAGUAAGACUUUGGGUGUAGAUAAUACGAUAAAAGAAAACAUCGACAGUUCACGUGAACAUUGCUUAAGUAAUAAAAUGUUAAAGAGAAAACAAGGAACCUGUCUAUCAGAAAAGAGUUCAGAGAUCUCUGAUGAAAAUAGCUACCCUUUUCAGACUUGUUCUUCAGAAUCACUUGAGAAUAAUACUGAUCUUUCCAUCGGCAUGGACUUAAAUUCUCCACCUUUUAUCUAUUUGGUUGUUCUAAUGGCCAGAAAGCCAAAGGAAGUUACCACUGUGAAAGUCAAAGCCUUUAUUGUCACUUUAACUGGGAAUCUCUCAAGCUCUGGUGGCUGUUGGUGUAUAACUGCAAAGGUUUCUGAUGGCACCGCAUAUCUAGAUGUAAAUUUUAUAGAUGAAAUACUUACCAGUAUGAUAGGGUUUUCAGUACCAGAAAUGAAACAAUUAAAAAAGGACCCUCUUAAAUAUCAGACCUUCCUAAAAGGGUUACAAAAAUGUCAGCGAGAUCUGAUAGAUUUGUGUUGCCUAAUGACUAUUUCAUUUAAUCCUUCUUCAGGUGAAGCCAUGGUACUUGAAUUACAAGAUGUCAGUGUGGAGCACCUUGAGAACCUAAAGAAGCGGCUAAAAAAAUAAUUGGCCAAAAUGCUAUUGGAGUAUACCUUAAGACAUGCAAAUAUUUGUAAUCAAAUUUGUUCAUAUUCUUAUUUUUUAAAUUCCGUAAAAGAAGAAAAAGCUUCAGAGCUUAAAAAAUGGAUGAUAUUGCUCUGUUCAAGAGGCUUUCUGCCAAGCCUGCGUUUGACCCUCUGGUCCCUUGUAGCUUAAAAGAGGAGCCAACUCCCAGAAUCUGUUGAUCAUCCUCCACACAUGCAGCAUGGAAUUCAUACAGAUACCCACACGUAUAUACUAAAUGACAUUUAAAAAUAAAGAUAUUUAAUUAAAAAAAGAAAUUAGUGAACAAAUCAAAUAUUUACUGAUAAUAAAACAUAAACCUAUUUUAAUGAUUCUGUAGUAUACGCAUAAUUUUACUAUUUACUCAAAAUGGUAGUUAAUUUGCACAUUGAUGAGAAGGAUGCACUUGUUUAUUUUUACAUCAAGUAUUAAAUCUAGAACAAAACUUUAAAUAUCAGAAAUGCAGAAUAUCUCAAUAUUUUUCUUAGAGUUCAUUUCUAUUUUAUUUUGCAGUUGUGCUGAGGAUGCUGCUUCUAAUAAUCACUUAGACAAAAUGACAAAAGUAUGUUUAGAGACAUGUUAAAUUGCUGAAAAUACUUACCUAACUCCCAGCUAGCUAGAUUUAAUUUAAUGAGUACGUGCAUGCAUUCAUGUGUAUGUUUGUGUGUGUGUGUGUGUAGUGUGUGUGUGCAGUUCAUGUCAGGUGCUCAAAUAGUAUGAAUUUAAAAACUUCAAACAUUCUGUAACAAUAGGCUAAGAUAACUAGCUCCAGACUUUCACAAGGAAGAAUGUGGAUAGAAUAAUGAGAAGUCUCUGUUUUAUGUAAUUAAACCAUUUCAUAAUCUUACAAGAGCAGAAAACUUCCUUCGUCCAAUAAAAUCCUUAAAGAUCACAA